AUGAACGAGGUCAAAACGCCCAACAAUGUCGACCCGGACCCGAGGACCCCCAGCCCCAACUACUUUGGCCUGGCCGUCGAUCCGAGAGCCGACGUCUUCUCAUCCAGUGCUGCGCAGCACAUACGCGGCAAUUGGAGCCCCCCGUCCUCGAAUGUGCGCUCAACCGCCGCCGCGUCCCCCCGAGUCAUUCCUGUAGACCAGAAUCCGGAAUUUGAGCAAUUCAGGCGGCAGUCGGAGAACAAUAGAGGCUUUGCAUUAGGCAACUUCGGUUUUGCCAGACCUGCCCUCCCACCUCCCAAAGGCUCGCCAUUCGGGACCGUGAAGCCCCCGCUGUCUCCUCAGUCCAUGACAACACCCGCAAGUGCCACGGAGCAGUCCGAAGACAAGAAGGAGGAUGUGACCGAAACCACAGAGAAGCCGCGCUCACCAAAGCGGCUGCUAUCAACGGAAUCUCCCCUGUUCCCUGACCGUCCCCGGCGGAAUUCGCCUGCCAGCUUCCUGGAUCAGGAGGGGUAUGGACGAACCGAUGAGUUGGCCGAGUUCGCAGAGGACAGAAACUUCCGACCAUCAUUACCGCCUAAGAAGUCGGCCAAUCCCGUUUCUUCAUCUCAUCACAGGGCAGAAACCCUCCCAGCACAUCUUAACGAUGAGAGUAAGUCCGAAGGACCGGCCAUGGUGACCCCGCAAUAUGUCGUCAACAUACUCGAGUCCGCGGUGGAAGAAGUCCUGUUGCUAGAUCUUCGCGUCUCUACGCAAUAUGCAAAGGCUCGCAUAGCGGGCGCUCUGAGCCUUUGCAUUCCCACUACCCUCCUCAAGCGCGUAUCUUUCAACGUACAGAAACUGGCCGAUACGUUCAAGGACGAUGAGCAAAAGGAAAAGUUCGAACGAUGGAGGAGUAGCAAGCAUAUCGUUGUCUACGACGCUAAUUCUUCGCAACUCAAAGAUGCCGCAACCUGCAUAAAUACUCUGAAGAAGUUCACCAGCGAAGGAUGGAAAGGCGGUUGUUAUAUUGUUCGAGGAGGUUUCCAAGAAUUUGCGGAGAAGUUCCCUUCGUGGAUAACCCAAGGAGCAACUCAGCCUUCGAAUUCUCCACCAUCCUCCAUUCAGAUUGAGUCCGGUCUUCCCUCGGUUGCCCCCGUUAUCGGAGGAUGUCCUAUGCCAACAACGCAGAACGCAGCGAAUCCGUUCUUUGGCAACAUUCGCCAGAAUAUGGAUCUGAUUGGUGGUGUGGGCCAGAUGCCCAUAAAACACCCGGCGACCAUGACCCAGCAGUUAGCGGAAGAGCUUCCCACGUGGCUACAGAGAGCAGUCAACCCAAAGGACAACGGCAAGCUUGUGUCGGACAAAUUCCUGCAGAUUGAGAAACGCGAGCAGAAGCGAAUGCAGGAAGCUCUGUCUGACAAGGUCGUCUACGGCACGCCAACAACUGGGCAGGAUCCAGCCAAGUGCAUCCAGAUUGCAGGCAUCGAGAAGGGUUCCAAGAAUCGCUACAAUAGCAUCUGGCCGUACGAGCAUUCCCGGGUCAAAUUGCAGGGUGUUAAUGACGGUGGAUGCGAUUACGUCAACGCGAAUCACAUUCACGCAUCUUACUCGAAUAAGCGAUACAUUGCCACACAAGGCCCGCUACCGGCCACCUUUAACGAUUUCUGGAACGUGGUGUGGCAACAAGACGUUCGCGUGAUCGUCAUGCUUACCGCCGAGCAGGAGGGUGGCCAGCUUAAGGCGCACAACUACUGGUCAGGCAAGCAGUACGGCCACUUGCAUUUGAACCCGCUCGGAGAGCGUAGAGCGUCUCUUGAGCCCUCCAAAAUCUAUAGGCAUCGCGAGCAAUGGAGACCGGCGCUGGGUCAACGCAGAGCUACGAACCCGCCAAAGCCCGCAGAUUUGGACAGACAAGCCAGUUCAUCCUCGCCCAGCUCUGAACAACCCUACGUCACUGUACGGAAGUUUACACUAUCGAAUUCCGCAGAGCCCUUUGAGCGGAUGCGAGAGAUCACGCAGCUUCAAUACUCGAAUUGGCCCGAUUUCGGUGCUCCUGCACACCCAACUCACCUGUUAGGACUCAUCGAGCAAUGCGACGCUGUCUGCAGACAGGUCAACGGAGGCUCACCCUCACGCCCUGAUCCACCUAACAGCCGUCCCGUGCUGGUUCACUGCUCCGCUGGCUGUGGACGCACAGGCACCUUCUGCACCGUCGACUCCGUUAUCGACAUGUUGAAGCGCCAACGGCAGGUUCGCAAUGUGCGACAGAGCACGCCAAUGGAUAUCGAAAUUGGGUCACCUAUGAGGACUGAUGAUAAGCGACGGGGCAGCGCGGACAGUGCGGACAGUCAAGACAGCACAGCUGAAAGAGAGGAGGGGAGCUGGAUUACGCGAGAGGAUCUAGAUUUGAUCGAGAAGACCGUGGAGGAUUUCCGGUUGCAGCGACUGAGCAUGGUGCAGAGUCUGAGGCAGUUUGUGCUCUGCUAUGAGAGCGUGUUAGAGUGGUUGGUUGAGCAGUAUCCGAAGUCGGCGUAG